AUUAAUAACAACCAAAUUUUGGAAGGAUUUGUAUCCCCAGACCCAGAAGAUAGGAAUCCAACCAACACAGGACAAAGGGAAAGGAAAAUGCAUGCAUAUGCCUGUUCCAUAUCCCCCAAAGUCACCUACAGCUAUUCCCUGCACCGUAUUUGUUCCCAAAUGUCGUUACCUGCUCUUCUUUUUUAUUUAAAAUACAAAUAGUACUCUCUCUGCAACGGUCUUCACUCACAUGGCGCCGAUCAGAAAAAAAUUUUGAAUCUGAACAUUACUCUCUUCAUUGUCUCUUCUGAGUUCUGACAUUUUCCCACCAUUUCUCCUCCACCCUCAAUCACUUUCCUCUUGUUUGUUUGUUUGUUUGUCUUUUUUUUUUUUUCUUCUUUUAAAUACAACUCAACUUGAGAGAUCGGCUUGUGCCGUCUUAAUUUUCAUUCAUGGGGAAUUGCUCUCUCAAGGGUGUUCCUGGGCCUGUAGACCUCACCAGCGGCUCCAUUCGGGUUUUAACGGAUAAAGGGAAAAUCCUCGAGUUCAGGAGUCCUACACUUGUUGGAGACAUCGUUAGAGGGUAUCCAGGGUAUGGCAUUUUCAGGCGGGGGCAUGCAUCCUUGCCACUGCCUAAGGAUGAGUGCUUGAUCAACGGCUUUUACUAUCUUCUCCACCUGCAAAAGUCUAGUGCCGCCACUGGGUCUGGGGCGGAUAAACAAGGGAUGAAGAUGCCUGAUGAGGUUGAUUGGAUGAGACAGAUUGAGCCGCCCAAAAUGUCAUCAGCAGAUUUUGUUGACAACUUAGCAACCGGGUCGGCUCUAGAAGUCCUGCCUUCACAGAAGAAUGGUGUUUGGAGGGUGAAAUUGAUGAUCAACACCAAGCAACUGGAAGAAAUUUUGUCUGAGCAAGUCAAUACAGAAGCCUUGAUUGAGAAGAUGAGGAUGGCGGCAACCACUUCCGGCCUCACUCCGCGGCGGACCAGGAACUCCAACUCUUGGGUGGUGGGUUGGAAGCCAACCCUAUUCAAGGCACCAACUGAUAAUAAAGCUCCAUAAAUUGUACUAGUACCGUUCAUGCCUGAGUUAGAAAAAUAUAUUGCUGCAAUGUAGGCUCUUUUAUGGCUUUGGUUUUUAAGAAGCUCAGUUUAGUAGCUCAUCAUCAUAACUCAUGUCUCAUGUACAUAAACUUGUUCCAGUAGUUGAUUAAAAACAAGUUCUAAUGCAUCUCCCUGUUAUGCCUGUGUGUUGUGGAUUCAAAAGCACUACUUAAGAAGAUUUAACAAACCAAGCAGGACUUAACGGUGAUAUCUCCACUGGCACUGCCAAAGGAUUCACACAAGUUCUAGAUAAUGGAAUAAAUGUCAGCAUUGAUGGAAUAAUCACAUGAUGAUUCACAUCACAUAGGUUCUUUUGGUAGGGGCUAGGUGGUGGCCAGCAUUUUAUACAACAAAAUACAUGAAGCACCUCCGUCAAAACAUCACAACCUACCAGCCUUGCCCAAAAGCAUCGUCACGGACUAAACAUUUCGAUGCUAAACAUUUUUAGACAAAGAGUAGUGUCCACUUUUGCCACCGAAAAGAACCAAAGGUUCACGUGUGUACACAUUCCAAAACAUCUUCAAAAAAAGGUUUUAAUCCUCUAGUAGGCGGUGCUUUCACAUAGUCCUCGCCUUCAUCUUCUCAAUAGCUUUCUCUAUGUUGGGUAUGUUCUUUCUAAAGGCUGACCACUGUUCCUCUGUCAUGCUUAUACCUGGAAAUUGAACGCCAGAGUUUAAAUUAAAAACUACUUUUCUCA